CGAUAUCGGCCGGUUUAUAUUGGCGCGGCCCAGACGGCUGAGGCCUCUGCGGCGCGGUCUUCGGGCACACGCGGCUUUGCCUAGCGGUGGCCAUGGCCGACUACCUGAUUAGCGGGGGCACGUCCUACGUGCCAGACGACGGGCUCACGGCACAGCAGCUGUUCAACUGCGGGGACGGCCUCACCUACAAUGACUUUCUCAUUCUCCCUGGGUACAUCGACUUCACUGCAGACCAGGUGGACCUGACUUCUGCUCUGACCAAAAAGAUCACUCUGAAGACCCCACUGGUUUCCUCACCCAUGGACACAGUCACAGAGGCUGGCAUGGCCAUAGCAAUGGCGCUUACAGGUGGUAUUGGCUUCAUCCACCACAACUGUACACCUGAGUUCCAAGCCAACGAAGUUCGGAAAGUGAAGAAAUAUGAGCAGGGAUUCAUUACGGACCCUGUGGUCCUCAGCCCCAAGGAUCGAGUGCGGGAUGUGUUUGAAGCCAAAGCCCGGCAUGGAUUCUGUGGUAUCCCAAUCACCGACACAGGCCGGAUGGGGAGCCGCUUGGUGGGCAUCAUUUCUUCAAGGGACAUAGAUUUUCUCAAGGAGGAGGAACACGACCGGUUUUUGGAAGAGAUCAUGACGAAGAGGGAAGACUUGGUGGUAGCCCCUGCAGGCAUCACACUGAAGGAAGCAAAUGAAAUUCUGCAGCGCAGCAAGAAGGGAAAGUUACCCAUUGUAAAUGAAGAUGGUGAGCUGGUAGCCAUCAUUGCCCGGACAGACCUGAAGAAGAACCGGGAUUACCCACUGGCCUCCAAAGAUGCCAAGAAGCAGCUGCUGUGUGGAGCAGCCAUUGGCACUCAUGAAGAUGACAAGUAUCGGCUGGAUUUGCUAGCGCAGGCUGGAGUGGACGUAGUGGUUCUGGACUCUUCCCAAGGAAACUCCAUCUUCCAGAUCAAUAUGAUCAAGUACAUCAAGGAGAAAUACCCCUCCCUCCAAGUUAUUGGAGGCAAUGUGGUCACAGCUGCUCAGGCCAAGAACCUCAUUGAUGCUGGUGUAGAUGCCCUGCGGGUGGGCAUGGGCAGUGGCUCCAUCUGCAUCACCCAGGAAGUGUUGGCCUGCGGGCGGCCACAAGCAACAGCAGUGUACAAGGUGUCAGAAUAUGCACGGCGCUUUGGUGUUCCUGUUAUUGCUGAUGGAGGAAUCCAAAAUGUGGGCCAUAUCGCCAAAGCCUUGGCCCUUGGGGCCUCCACAGUCAUGAUGGGUUCCCUCCUGGCUGCUACCACUGAGGCCCCUGGCGAGUACUUCUUCUCCGAUGGGAUCCGGCUAAAGAAAUACCGUGGUAUGGGUUCUCUUGAUGCCAUGGACAAGCAUCUCAGCAGCCAGAACCGAUAUUUCAGUGAAGCUGAUAAAAUCAAGGUGGCCCAAGGGGUGUCUGGGGCUGUGCAGGACAAAGGGUCCAUCCACAAAUUUGUCCCCUACCUGAUCGCUGGCAUCCAGCAUUCCUGCCAGGACAUUGGUGCCAAGAGUUUGACCCAAGUCCGAGCCAUGAUGUAUUCUGGAGAACUCAAGUUUGAGAAGAGAACAUCCUCUGCUCAGGUGGAAGGGGGUGUGCACAGCCUCCAUUCGUAUGAGAAGAGGCUUUUCUGAAAAGGGAUACCACACACCCCUUCAGUUUUUCAAUAAAAGUUUGGAGAAA